UCACACUUGAGUGACUGACCGGUUGUCGCCAUGCCGAGCCAAACGACGUCCCCGCCGCUGACUGUGACUGUGCUGGCCGCGCUGUGGGUCAGUUUGGGUCGGUGCGCGGUCUCCGAGUCUCGGGGGUCAGGAUGUGACAACGGAAAGCUGUCUUUGGACAGGGACCUGCCUGCGGAUGCUGUAUAUUGGAACUGUCCAUUGUCUGCUUGGUCCGAGUCUCCUCAGAGGCUUCCCAGUAUUGACACAGUGUAUGAUCCCGAGCCAGCCAGGCAGAUCUGCAUGGAUAAAUCUAUUUCCUACAACCACACCAUUCCCAACAGUGGAGCUUACAGACCAGUAAGGGCAGAGAGUGGAGAGUACUUGUACUGUCCUCCUCAACGGUGGCUCAGUAACUUGCACCACGGAGCUACUGUUUUGCUCUACCAUCCCUGUGCUCCUCUCCACGAGCGUCUGCUUCUGUCUGUCCUGGCCCGCUCCUGUCUGCCUGACUACGUCAUCACCCCACAUCCACUGCUUGUUAAACAAACGCCAAUAGCCUUAGUGUCCUGGGGUCGCACCUUAGAGCUGUCCACCGUGGCCUCUACAGAGGUCUGUGAUUGGCUGGAGACCACAACAUCCACACGAAAUGAGUGCGGUGGCAUGAGCCAGAGCAGGAAGUACAACCUGCUGUUAACCUGGUCAGCAGAGCAGCACAGGGAACGACAUGCACAUCCAGAGAAACACUCUGCAAAGAUGAAGGAGGAUCUGAGGCGAUGCUGUGAGCAGACCAUCUCUUCUCUGCAGAAUGGAGUGAUGGAGACAGAGCUGGAGUCCAACAUGAAGAAGAAUAGCUUGAAACAAAUUAAAGAGGAAGGCAAAAGCAGGCAGAUAAGAGCCGCCUUUAGAGAAAAAUGGGGGGAUGUUAAGGAUAACGGCGAGAGUAAAAACACAAUAACUCCGGUGUCCAGUUUUAUGUCUAACCAGACCAGCAGAACCACCCUCAACAGGACAGGGGACGCCCAGAACAACAGCAACACACUUGGACCAUCAGCAGACUCUCGUCCAAGGAACAGGAUUCUCUCAGAUCAUCCUGGUCCAAGGAAAGCUCCUUCUCAGUCUAAAAGUAUAAAUCAGAGCCUUAAACCCAGGCCCACAACUUCUUUGGGCUCAAAUAUGUCUGAGACUUCACUUAGAGCUGAAUAUUUAGGAUUUGGGGCGUCUGAGUCUCAGAAAAGCAGGCUAAUGCUACAGACAACGUCACAACAGCCUGCCCUCAGAAACCCAAACCCUUCUGCUGGGUUGGAUGUUCUUGCAGAUGGCUUGAACAGUGGACAUGACCAUACUGCCAGACCUGAAGCCCUGACCCUCAGUUCCAAAGAUGAAGGUACAGACUCAUCCAGACAGAGGGAUAAAGACUCUGUUGUAGACAGAGUGGAAGAGGUGGAAGCCAAAGUGAAACAAUCUGAUAAAGACAACACAGCAGGCACCAUGGUGAAGGAUAAUGAAACAGUAGAUGUUAAAGAGAGAGAGUUGGAACAUAAACAAACACACAGUGACACACACUCGCACCGCAAAAGUAAAAAGACAGGCUUAGAUUCUGUUUCCAAAUCCCAAUUGGAGUCUCCGCCCCAGCCACAACAACACCAGCACCCACAGCCAGCCACCUACCCGCCCAACAGCCAAGACUGUGACGGCUGCAAAGAAGGCGAACACUGUGACUGCAACAAGAACUCAAGGGCCGCGGCCCGGGCCGCUGUUGUGAAUAAGGGGUUGCCAAGGACCCCAAGGACAGACGAGGCAGUGUGGGCAGCAGCAGCACUGGGCUUCCUGCUGGUGCUGCUGACCCUGUCAGUGCUUCACACACGCCUGUACCGUCACUGGAGGACUGCGCCCAGUCUUUACUGGCACGAUCCACAGCAGGACUACGACAGUGUGGCAGAUGUGAUCAGCAGGAGGCUACGAAUUGCGAAGAGGAGGCGGAAAAGGAGCAGACGACAGGAGUGUGUUCUUCUGCCCAGCUCCUCCAGCUCAGAUGAACAUCCAUAGAAAAAUGAAGGAAUUAUCCCCAAGAAUGCAUCCAAGUCUCGCUGCAUGUUGAGGAGGCAAAGAGUGGACUUUGUGUCCUCACAAUGUUGGCAACAGCUUGGCUGUCAAUUAAAAAGACUGUGAACAAAUUAGACAUGGGUUGCGCAAAAUGGGUGCAACUCAAUAUUAGGGAAGCAUUCCAAAUUGUCUAUAAUCUGAUCUAAUCCAUACACCAGUGGUCGGCAAUAGGUGGCCCGCGGCCAGAUUGCUUUGAUAGCAGAAAAAUAAAAAAAUUUCAGUGGCUGGUGCUGAAAUAGGUCUCAGUCAUGACAGCUACAGUUAGUCACACAAUCACUU